AUGGAUCUGCUUCUUCCAACCAAGCUUUGCGCCAUGGCCGGCAGAGGCUCCACAGGAGGCCCUUAUCUCGCUGCUAUUCGAAAAGCAGAAGCUGCAACCUGCAGAACACAAGAAAGGGCUAUUGUGUAUUGCGUCCUCGCCAUGUAUGGACAUCAAGACGAGCACCUGAUUGGCGUCGACGUGCAUGCCCGCAAGGUCGUGGGGUGCGAGGUCUAUGAGCUGAUUGAGCGGCUGCCCGAAGACAUUGAUUCCCGCUUCGUUCACACUUGGCCGCUGCCACCGGCUCUCUGCUCAGACUUGUGGUGA